CGUCUCCGCCGCAACGGGCUUCCUUGUUGCACCACCUGCACCCACCGCCCUUGGAAUCCAAAUCCAACCCGCUAUAUCGGACUAGGAAACAGCCUCGCAACGCGUCGCGAGAGUGCGGCAUAGACAACCUUUGACAAGAUAGAGAGCCGUUGACCAACCUAGUUUUAACUUUUCCUUCCUGCUUCCUCUUCGUCUUUACUCUUUCCAGCCACCUGGGCCAGCAACGCGGGCAACCACUCAGCAGGCGCACCUUCGCGAACCAGACGUGUCGUGUGGCCUUGCUGCUCUGCGAGUCACUCCCGCACGCUCGAGGAGCAACCCCCUGGCAACGUACCCCCGCCAACGCCGGCUAGCGUAGCAGAGAGCGGCUUCCAAGGUCUGGCACGUCUUGCCCCGUGCUGGCGUCGGCCCCCACCCAAGGCACGUCUCUCGCAGCUCACUUACUCCACCGUGGCCAAACAUCCUGCAAAAACAAAAGCUCCCGCCUCACAUCAUCAUCCUCCAACCUCCAAUCCUCUACCACCUCUCCCCUCGAGCUUUCUCUUCUUGCGUCGCCUGUGCACUUCCAGAGAUCAUCAAUUGGGACAUCCGGCCUGUCCACCAUCUGCGCAUCCUCGACUUCUCGCCCUACGUCCCGUCGCGUCCUCUCGCCAGCCAGCAGCAUCUUCGACCAGCAGCACCAGACUCGAGGCGGGUGACUUGUUGGCCGAAAUCCCAGCGGGCCUCACCUCGCAUACCAAGCACCGAGACAUAUCAUCUCGGGUCUUUCCCGUGCACUGCUAGCCAGUCCAUCUACCGCCGAGCGUGUAUUUGAUUCCUUCGUUUCCACAUACCCAAUAUUCCGUCAUGGGUCCACGCACUACUCGAGGCCGUCUGGUCUCGAACGAGAACGACGAGAACGCGAGCUCAUCGCGCGUGACCAGGGCCAAGGCCGCCGCACUCAACGUCGACGAGCUUGCCCUCCCCGCUAAAGCCAUGCAGUCUAAGCGUGUUGCCGCCACCACGCAGGGCACCGCCCGCACGCGUGCCGCCCUCGGCGACGUCAGCAAUGUCACAAAGGUGGAGGUUCAUGAGGGCAAGAAGGUCGCCGGCAAGGCUGGCCUCGUCUCCAAGGCUGCCCAGCCGAGCGGCAUCCAGAAGGCCACGACCCGCACAACCGCCGGACGCACCGCCCUCUCGUCAAAACAGGCGAACCAGAAGGUCGAGACCAAGCGCUCUGGACCUGGCGCCAUCCCCGCGCAAAAACGAAAGGUGUCGCAGCCACAGGCGAACUCAAUCACAGUCAAGGAAGAGGCUCCUGUUGAGAGUGAGCCUGUCCGCAAGAAGGUGUCGGCUCCAGAGCCGGUCAAGGCCAAGCCAGCCAAGAAGGAGCCUGAGCCCGAGGUCCAGGAGGCCAAGCCCUAUGUGCGACCCGAUCCUCGCGAAGAGGUGGCUCGCAACCUCCCGCCUGGCGUGCACAACCUGGAGAACGACGACUUUGAGGACCCCCUCAUGGUGGCCGAAUACGCUAAUGAAAUCUUCGACUACAUGCUCGACCUCGAGACGCGUUCGAUGCCCAACCCUGACUACAUGUCGCACCAGGACGAUCUGGAGUGGAAGACGCGUGGAAUCCUAGUGGACUGGCUGAUUGAGGUGCACACGCGGUUCCACCUUGUGCCCGAGACUCUGUUCCUGGCUGUCAACAUUGUCGACCGCUUCCUGUCUGAGAAGGUCGUACCGCUUGAUCGUCUUCAGCUGGUGGGCAUCACGGCCAUGUUCAUUGCUUCGAAGUACGAGGAGGUUAUGUCUCCCCAUGUUACCAACUUCCGCCAUGUUACGGACGAUGGCUUUAGCGAAUCCGAGAUCCUCAGCGCCGAGCGGUACAUCCUUCAGACGCUCAAGUACGACCUCAGCUACCCCAACCCUAUGAACUUCCUCCGACGCAUUUCCAAGGCAGACAACUAUGAUGUCAACAGCCGGACAGUUGGAAAGUAUCUCAUGGAGAUUAGCCUUCUCGAUCAUCGCCUAAUGCAGUACCGCCCGAGCCACAUUGCUGCUGCCGCCAUGGCGCUCUCUCGCAUUAUCCUGGACCGUGGCGAGUGGGACGAGACACUGGCCCACUACUCGGGCUACACCGAUGAGGAGGUUGAACCUGUCGUCCAGUUGAUGGUCGAUUACCUGUCUCGCCCUAUCAUUCACGAGGCGUUCUUCAAGAAGUAUGCGAGCAAGAGGUUCCUGAAGACUUCCCUUCACGCCCGCAACUGGACUGAACGGAAUGGCCACCUUUUUGGCAUCACCGUGACGGACAUCAGUCUCGAUCAACUUGAGUAGGAUGUAGCUCCCACUCAAUUUGUGACGUCGGCACCAUCUCGCGCGUCCCCAACGCCACUCCCUCGACCGGAACGUCAAUCUAUAUAGAUUGAAUGGCAUGUUUUACGAAACUUGAGCCUUCUUCACCCUCAGGAUACCCAUAACAGUUGGAUGUCUGUUUUCGGCGGCAUCACGCGGCAUCACAUCACCAAUCGCAUACCACCUCAUGUUUACCAACCCGCGACGUGGCCCACCGACGCGCCUUUCCCUGACUUGGACUUGGAGGCCUUGUUACAAGUCCGGAGGGGCGUGGGCGGAUGUGCUGGUGGCCGGUGCGUCUAAUCUGGCAUGGGGUCGUCUGGUCCGCCAUUUUGAGUCUGCACCUUGCAUUCUACUCUACUCCUUCAAUUGGCCUCCCCGACACCAGCUCCCAUCGUGCUAAUUGCGACGGCGUUCGGGUGUCAUUGGCGAAAACCAUGUUUGUCAACAUCGUUCAGCAAAGCAAGCCUUCUGUUGUCCUCUGGGCUUCUCCUUCUACUUGUCACGUCCACUGCUCAGAGCGUCUUCUUAAACAGUGGCGCGCUUUUGCUUAUGGCUUGACUAUUCUUUUUAUGCACCCAUUUUCCAUACUCUCUCUUGAUCCCUUCAUCCUCCCCCUUCUUUCUGGCGGGCAGCCAGGCCUGGCCGUCCUUCGUGGUGGUUCUCUUGUGGACUAAACGGUGUUUUGGGUUAAUGCGCUUGGUCUUGCUUUUGCUGCUUUUUGGGGAUUGCUAGACGCCACAGCCGUGGUUCCCGGCCUCGUCUUCGGCCGAGGCCGCGCAGCGUUAAUGAAUGUGUGGGCAAGGGGACGAAGAGGGAAGAGUUGGCGGGAAACACAUGUGACGUCGUCUGGGCAUUUUCGUUAUUGCGUCUGCCCUUGUGGGUUUAUGUUUCUUCUACGCGAGCCCUCGGCUAGGGAAGGAAUCUGUUUGUUUUGCAAAAGAGCUGUACAUACCUUUAUCGUUUGCUCCUGUUUGGUUUACGCACGCAUGGCAAGUCAUUUCUGGGAUUGGGUUUGUUUGUUUGUCAACUUAGUUGUUUUAGUCUGGGAUUGAAAAAGGUUCACGCAUUAUUGUUCUUAUGAACUCGCCAUUGUCGCCUGC